CAAAUGACAACCACAAGGUAAAAUAAAUAGUUUAUCGCUGAAUUAAGUCCAAAAGAUUACUGAGUUCUAUGGAGAGCUAUGGUAUUCCAUCGAUCAAAAUUUCAAUAUUAACUUGAUGCAUUCAUUGGAAAUGGCCGCAGUCUUACAAAUGAAGCAUUCCAGAUAGUUCGAAGCCUGUCAAAUAUCUAACAAUCCUGUAGCCUGUAUGAGAGAGACCGAGACGAUUAUCACCAGUAGCAUACAAAAACACUAAAAAUGGAUCACAAGGCAGAAGACCAACUGACCAAGCUGCUUGACAUCGAAGUUUCAAAGGACACGAAAAGGAGCAGAUAUCUAAAUGCAGCCGAGGUCAAACUGCACAACAAGCCGACCGACAUCUGGGUGUCCUUCCUCGGUCGGGUCUAUGACGUCACAAAAAUGGUGUACAAAAACCGAGCCGACCCGCGGAUCAAGCCGCUGCUGGCCUACGCCGGCAAGGACAUCUCCCGCUGGUUCGACCCCAAGACGCGUGACCUGAAGCGGCACGUGGACCCGACGACCCAGGGGCAGUGUCCCUACCUGCCGCACGGCCAGCUGCUGGGCACGCCGCCGCCGUUCCCCUCCGCCACCUGGGCCAACGACACGGGCCGGCCCUGGUGGCGGGACGAGGCGCUCUACUUUGUCGGCCUUCUGUCGGCCAGGACGCGGCGUAUCCGGCUGGUGAACAUGCUGACCCGGACGGAGACCACGCUGGCCGUGCCGGAGGAGUGCACCAUGUGGGAGAUCCUACAGCGACACCUGCCGCACAACUCGCACGCCGCUAGCUAUGUGUGGAAGUAUGGUGAUCGACUUCUGGACAUGGACAAGACCUUGGAGCAGAACGGGAUCCCGGACCAGUACCAGGAGUUUUAUAAGCUGGACAUGGACGAGGACAGCUAUCUGCCGGCCAUCUUUCUACAUUACUCGGACGAUCUCACUGAGGUCUAAAAGCAGUAUACCCAGUGUUAGAUGACACAUGUUCAGUGUCAGCUGACAACCGUCUCACAAGAACGAAAAAAGCGAACGACAUGCUUUGCUGAUCGACUAUCAUGGGAAGAUUGUGUCAUGAAAGUACAAUUAAGUCAUCGAUCAAAAUAAGUAUAAGUUAUUUUUCAGCAGUCCGUAUGAGCGUUUGUAAAUCUUGGUGCACCUUGCUUACAUGUGAAAAUAACGAAAUAAAGUAAAAUGAUGAUGCUAAAUCUGAAACUAUGCCGGGAAUUCAUGAAAUUUCGUUUUUAACAAAUCGGCUUAACUUUGUCUGGAAAGCAAUAAAUACUCUGCAUGUGAAUGCUA